AUGGAGCUUGUUGGCUUCACGCUGCACAUGUAUGCAGAUGCUCGCAGAAUACUCAAACCCCACCGCAGCAGCAGCAGCAGCAGCAGCAGCAACAGCAGCAGCAACAACAGCAGCAGCAAGAAAUACGAUGCACAGCGGACGGCUGAAGCGGAGUUGGGGGCCCACCGCACUUUGCUGCUGCAGGGCGCAGCAGAAGCACCAUCAAAGGAAUUCUAUGAUCUCCUCGCUGUCCUCAUCAUGAGGGGCGUGCUGUCUAUAGAUUCUCUUUAUUCUUUCUUGCUGCCUUCUGAUGGAUCUCUUGUGCUGCUGGGGGACCGACUCGCGCUGCAGUAUCGGCAGGCAAUUGCUGCAGCAAAAGCGGGGACGCUGCAGCCGCCCCCUAAGACUUCGCAAGCAGAACCUCAGCCUGCUGCUGCAUCUGCUGCUGCAGCAACAGCAGCAAACGACGCAGCGCCACACACAGACAACGCGUCUCCACUUCCACAGCAGCAAACACACAACUCUCAGGGCUUUGGGCCUUCAGGGUCUUUCAGCUCAUCUCAGUUUGGGGGUUCAUUCGGGGUGUCUCCGUCUGCUUGGGGUGGGUCCCCAGGGAGAGGAGGGCGAGAAGAUUGGCGGCAGCAGCAGCAGCAGCAGCAGCAAUAUCAGCAGCAACAGCAGCAACAGCAGCAGCAGCAGCAGUACCAGCAGCAGCAGGGGAGAAACAGCCCUGGUGCUUCCGCUGCUGCUGCUGCUGCUGCUGCAGCAACCGAAGAAGCAGCAGCUGUUGCAUCACUGCCCCCCAAUGUAGAGCAUUUGCUGCAGGAGGCAGAGCACACGUACAGGUAA